GGGCGCCCAGGGCCCUCGGAGCAGCUCAGUGCACCCCGGGCAUACACCGUUCUUGGUGAGGAGGAUAUUCCUUUCUGUAAACCUCUCUGUGUCCUGGGUUCUGAUUCCUUGGCUGAGAAGUUUCUGCUCUGGAAGAGAAAGAGUUGCCUUCCCCCACCUCCACCCCACCCCCCUCCCCGGAGAAAGAACAACCCUCCUUAGCCCGGUGCACACAGGUUAUUUAUUUAGGUCAGUGUUUUAGGUUAGACCUCCUUUGCCAGGAGGUCUCCACGACUGGGAGGACCAGAAGACUUGCUGUCGCCUCGGAACGUCCGCAUGGUUGCUUUGACAGGUCACCUGGGCCCACAACGUUUAAGAGCACAGAUGAAUGAAUAAAGGUGGUUGUCUUACCCUUCGUUCAUUCGUGCUGGCUUCUGUAGCCGCCGGUGUAGCAAAAAGAGAACUGCCCACUGGUUGACAGUUUGCUACCUUCGUGGGAUGGUGGAGCUGGAAGUUACAGAGCGCUGGGUAGUUGUGCAAAGGAGCGGUAUUAUCUUACUGAAGAAUAGCGCAGCGUGGUGCAAAAGUAGUUUUUGGAUUGGGUGAAGACAUGGCUGUAAGCUUUUCAGCCUUCUUCAGAAGGGGGGGGGGGGGAUAGACAUAUGUAAGAUCAGAAGAAGCGUUUAGCCCCAAACGUGACUGAGCUGUGUCUGUUACCCUUAUACUAUCGUUGUUAUUUUAGGAAUCAAAACUCCCUUUACUUUUUUGGUAUCCAUAGACCAAAUGAAGCAUCAAAGGGAAUUCUUCUGCAUUUGUAAUAGGGAAAAGAUAAUCUGUCCUUUUGAUUUUGCCUAAUGCUCUUCAGUUCUGCAGAAGUCUGGUUUUUCAGAAAUAUGAUCUGAGCCAGAGUCUCAGGUACCCUGGCAGACACAAUUGGUGCUGUUGUUUCCUUUACUGGCCUGUCUCCCUCUCCCUCUCUCACAGCCCCACCCCUCCCCAACACUGAGAGUUUGAGAGUGAAGGUCCCUGACACAGAGGAAUUUGUGCCUAAGGCAGGGAAUACCCUGGUGGCUGCCCAGCUACUUAGAGAAAGAAUGAAAACAGCUUACACGUCCUGAGACUCUGGCAAAUUUCGUAAGGUUCCUGUCUUUGUGAUUUGCUAAGUAAAUUUGGUAGAUAAACUUGCACUAACUAAAAAGAGACUUUUGAAAUAAAUACCGACACUAUUUCAGUUAUAUCAUUCACCUUUAUGAUUUGGUGAAUUAAUAAUAACAGUCAUGUUAUUUGUUAGCUGAUUGAUUUACAAUGUGCUGGCCAGCGAGCUUGAGUUGCCGUCCAAAUCCUGACUGACGCUGAAAAAUUAGGUGUAUAUUUAUUUGUUUGGAAUAAUGACUGAAAAAGGAAGGAGCGGAAGGUUUUGAAGGGAAUCUAAAAGUAUUUUAAAGGAGUGGUUUCGAAUCUUUUGAACUGGGAUAUUUACAGAAAAAUUAUUGGCCAUUUAUCAAUAGAAAAGUUCAUAAUGGCAGAAUGUUAUUAUCAAUUUAAUAACAUGUUCAAGUGAAUUUGCAUUUUAAGAAGCGUGAAAACAGCCAUCUACAUGGGUUUGUAGAAAACAAAAGCAAGAGUGUGAGCACAUUCAGUGUUAGACAAUAAUUGGUGUAUAUGUGGGCCCACUCACGCAUUUCUUGAACACCUGUUGAGUAGGCCACCGUGUUCGGAGUUCAAGUCAGGAGGGGGCGGUGGAUACAGCUUUGUGUAAGUAAGAAAUAAGUCACAUUCCUGUCCUCGUGGAAUUUACACAAUGCUGGAGUCCUCCAGGAUACCUGAAGCUCAUAGAUAAGAACCGUAUCAAUGGUCAUCCAUCAAUUUUGACAGUAACUGAAACUAGAUCAUCUUCAAAUCACACACUCUGUACGGAUUUCAAUAGUCAACUCUCAAAAGUGUAAAGGAACUUAUAUUUUAUUCAGGUCAGUGUUUUUCUCUUUUGCUUAGGUUGGGGAAGAACUUGGAAAUCACGUGUUCUGGGUUUAAUAUUAAGAAAAAUUGAGAUAUUAAGCCUGAAAUAGCUAACUAUCAAUUUCAUGCCAAUUAAAUAAAAACCAAACUUUCACUGUGGAUGCCAGUAAUUUAGCAUAUAAACCAAUGAAUGAGAAAUGUCAAGUUGAGAAGCUUCUAUCUUAUCAGAUUAUUUUGUCCUAUAAAUUAGAAAAAUAUGACUGCAAUUAUAUUUUACCCCAGAGGAAAAGACUUAUUUUACCCAACGUAUUUUCGCUUGUUGUUGUUGUUGCUGUCUUUUUUUUUUUAAACAGCUUAUUGGAGACAUACUUUACAUACCGUAAAAUAUAUCCAAGUGUGUAAUCCAAUGAUUUUAGUAAAUUUAUGGAAUUGUGACCAAAGGCCAAUCCAUCACUGCCAUCCAAUUUUAGAACAGUCUCAUAGGCAGACUCCACCUGCCUAUUUAUUAUGACUAUCCUCAACCCCAUUCCCAGACAACCACUGAUCUAUUUUCUCUCUCUUUUGAUUUGACUUUCUGGACAUUUCACACAAAUGGGAUGACAAAAUAUAUAUAGUCUUUAGCAUCUAGUUUCCUUCACGUAGAACAGUGUUUUUGAGGUUCAUACAUGAGGUGUAGCAUGUAUCAGUAGUUGGUUCCUUUUUAUUGCUAACUAAUAUUCAUUCCGUGGUGUAGCUAGCCCACAUUUUGUUCACCAGCGGGUAGGUAUUUCUGCAUUUACCUUUAAGUGGUAAGACAGAUACUGUGGUCCAGCUUCCAUGGUAGCAUAAUGUGAAAUAAUUGUAGGGUCCAACCUCUUAUUUAUACUUAUGAAAAAUAUAUUCAUGGUAUGGAAUGCACCAAUAGUUUCUGUGUUUGCCAUAACUGUGAUCUUUCUAUGACGCUCCCACAAAAAGAGUAAAUAGUCAACCCUGUGCAAGGAACAGAAAGCAUGAGUCAUUUGGUAUUCUAGGUUGGACUCGGAAGAUGUUUCACUCUUUUUUUUUUUAAUUUUUUAAUGUUUAUUUUUUUAGAGAGAAAGACAGAGGGUGAGCAGGGGAGGGGUAGAGAGAGAGGGAGACACAGAAUCCAAAGCAGGCUCCAGGCUCUAAGCUGUCAGCCCAUGAACCGUGAGAUUAUGACCUGAGGCAAAGUCGGACAUUUAACCAACUUGAGCCACGCAGGCGCCCAGAAGAUGUUUCACUCUUGACAUUAAUGUUUGCGAAGAGACUACGUCUCCUUUGCUACCUGCUCUUCACAAAUGAUGCAUUUAGAGUGGGCGAAUUUUGAUGAUUGUUUUACUUAACAGUGAUAACUGAAGUACUCUCAAAAAUAUGAGUGCUUCCUAAUAACAUAUUUUAAUGGCACACUUAACGUAAAGCAUAUCAGAAAUUUCUAGCACUGCAAAAGCAUUGACCUUUGGUUUCCCUCUCUUAGGAAUCAGGAACCUUGAACAGCAGCUCAGUCAGAAUCCCCACUUACCCUGCUUUGUGCGGACUACUACAGCAAAUGUAUUCUUAGGUUACAUUUGACAAUUUAUGCUUAAAGAUCCUCUUAGAAGGAUUUCUCCGGUUGAGUAGAAACCCUUCUAUUCAAAGUUGGCAGGUUCUGUGAAACUCAAGAGAAGACAAUAUGUCUCUUCAUGCGUGGAAGUGACUGCUGACAUUACACUUUCCUAUUGGGGAAAAAAGAGCAUUAAUGUAAUUUAAAGGUUGAUUUUAUUGAUGACUUGGAAUGCAAAGGAUUUUAUUUUUAAAAUUCUAAAAUUUGAAAGCAAGAUAGUUUAGAUUAAAUAAUGUAGUUUUCCAAAGCUGAAUGUGCUGAAUAGAACUCGGUUUUUAUUCUUCUUCUUCUUCUUCUUUCUGCUUGAAAUACCGGAACAACUUGCUGAAAUCCCUUGGGUGAGAACACUGUGGUUUUGAUGAUCUGUGAUUGGAUGAAUUAAUCAGUCUCCACUGGGAAGCCAGGCUUAAUGUGAUGGAAACACUCUUGAACUUGGUGUCCAGAAGACAAAGGCUUGAGUUACAGCUCUGUUAGUUUUACUGUGACCUUGGAGCCAGAAUUCACAAUGACAACAGUAACUGUGACCACAGAGGUUCCCCCAAGGGGUAAAAUAGAAGAUAAUUCUGCCUUGUAUGAGUCCACAUCAGCUCAGAUUAUUGAAGAGACUGAAUAUGUGAAAAAGAUCCGAACUACUUUGGAAAAGAUCCGAAAUCAAAUUUUUAAAGACGAAGUAGGACGUAACAGCACAAAUCACAAACUAGAAACAAAGCGCUGCCCAAACAUUCACAGUGGCUCUGGUUCUGAAAUGGAUCCCUCGUAUUGCAGUUUGCAUCUGCUCGUGGAAAGGAUGAAAGGAAAAGACCUGAAGCUCUUAGAAACGAACAAAGAGAAUGAAGUCUUGAAAAUCAAGCUGGAAGCUUCCAGAGAAGCAGGAGCGGCGGCUCUGAGAAACGUGGCACAGAGGUUAUUUGAAAUCUACCAAACACAGUCGGAAGAAGUUAGAAAGAAACAUGAGGAUGAUAAACACUUCCUCAAGGUUAACAAACUUGAAAAGGAACAACAAUUGAAACAACAUGUUGAAAAUCUGAAUCAAGUUGCUGAAAAGCUUGAAGAAAAACAUAAUCAAAUCACAGAGUUGGAGAACCUUGUACAGAGGAUGGAAAAGGAAAAGAGAACACUGCUAGAAAAAAAACUGUCUUUGGAAAACAAGCUGCUGCAACUCCAAUCCAACGCUACAUAUGCUAAAAGUUGCCACGAUCUUCAGAUGGAGAUUGCCCUUCUCCAGGAGCAGACCUCUCAUCUGCAGUCUGUGAUUCAUUCCCAACAUCAGAACCUGCGCAGCGUCAUCCAGGAGAUGGAAGGAUUAAAAACUAAUUUGAAAGAACAAGAUAAAAGGAUUGAAAAUCUGAAAGAAAAAGUUAACAUACUUGAAGCCCAGAAUAAAGAACUAAAAACCAAGGUGGCACUUUGGUCUGAAACUCCUAGAACAACAGUAUCCAAGGGUGUCUCUACAAGUGAAUUGAAGACUGAAGGCACUACGCCCUAUCUGAUGUUGAUCAGGCUCCAGAAGUGAGCUGACUAGCUGAAGAUCUCAAUAAGAAAGAUCACUAUGUGGUUCUUAUUUAUUCCUUGAAACACAGACUAAAUGUGCAAGUUAAAAUGGCUCACUGGCAGUAUUCAAUGGGAUUAUACGUCAACGGCUCUGCAGGAAGAGGACACUCCAGAAAAUCAAACAAAUGUAUAUUCAAGGCAAGGAACUCUUCCUUCAAAAUUUACUGAAUGGGUGAAGAGACCUGGGGCAUUUGAUGGAAGAUGAAUUUUGCUUUAAACUUCAAAAAGAAUCUGAAUAUUUUUUGCAGAUUUUUGCUGAAGGGAGUGGUUUAAGGUUGUCAACUAUAACCUUCUGAUAGUGGUUUUUAUGUAUACAAAUGGAAGAGUGUAUGUACAUGUGUGUGAAUAAAUGAUAUAUUUUAGAGUUAACUUUGAAUAACAAGAAAUAUCCUAACAUGAAUUUAUAAAUUCAUCUCCUGACCUAUCAUUAGUAGGAGAGUUAUUCUCUAUGGCAUUAUGGGCAGGAGAAGUAGGUUCUUUUAGCUAAUUCCCCAAUCCACGCAGCCCUCCAUUGCUAAGAAUCACGGCAUCUUACCACACCUCUGGAAGCCAUUGUUCUUCAGCUGGGAUUGAGAAUUGGUUGUGAGAGAUAACCCACAAGUAAGCAUGAAGAAAUGUAGUUUGUGACUCUGACCUGGUGCCUAAUUUUCUUUGUAAGAUUCAUUGUAUUAGCUAAGAAAAUAGUUGGGGGGAAGAAUAGGAACACAAUGCCGUCAGCUCACACUGUCUAUAGCUGGGAAGAUUCUCCAUCCAUCGUAUGUCCAGUGCCUUGGUGAGAGUGUGCUUGCAUUUUGAUACAGGCAUUCAUCACAGGUGAGUUUGUGCUUGCUAUGAGGAAAACCAGACUCUAAUUUGUAGAAGUGCAAACGGGCUAACAGGAUAGAAGGCACUUGAACUAAAUGAAUAAUGGGCAGACUUAGCCCUGCUGGAGGGUGAAUUACUUGUAAGCCUUUUGAUUAUCCUCUCUGGUGUACGACUGCAAACAUUUUCUCAGGAAAGCUGCUUCAAGCCUUUCAAAUGUGGAAUGUGAAAUAUCAGUAUUAUCUAUGAAAUAUUUAAAAAUACAUUCAAAUGAGAUUACGUGACGCAUUUAUAA